CCCGGGGGGGGUCUCAGCCGUGUGCCCCCCCAGAAGCGGCUGCCCCCCGCCCGCGGGCGUUUGGUGUUCUGCGGGCACGGAGUCCCCGAGCGGGACGGGGUCAGGCUGCUGCUGAGCGACGACGGCGGCGGCAGCUGGCGGCGGGGGGGGGUCCUGCCCGCGAUCCCCUUCGGCGCCCCCCGGCGCCCCCACGACUUCACCCCCGAUGAGUGCCAGCCGUUCGAGCUCCCGGACGGGUCGCUGGGGCUCAGCAUCCGCAACCAGGAUGGGUUCCGCUGCCGCUGCCGCCUGCUGGCUCGCAGCUGGGACGGGGGCGACUCCUUGCCCCCCGCCGCCGUCAGCCCCCAGCCCGCGCUGCCCGACCCGGCCGUGGCCGCCGGCCUCUACGUCAUCGAUGACGUCAUCUUCUUCAGCAACCCCGCCCACCCCACGCGCCGGGUGAACCUGACCCUGCGCUGGAGCUUCUCCAACGGCAGCAGCUGGUGGGGGCGGGGCCUGCGCGUGUGGGCGGGGCCCAGCGGCUACUCCUCGAUGGCGGCCCCGCCCCCCGAGGCGCGCGGAGGCUCCGCCCCCCGCCUGUUCCUCAUCUACGAGAAGGGGCGGAGCCAGACCACCGAGAGCGUCUCAUUGGCUACCAUUAGUCUGGGCGGAGACCUCUGACCGCGCCCACAUAAAGGAGCUGACUCUGA